UAGUCGACGCUAUGCGGCUACGCCCGUGUCACAACUGCUAAGAUAUUUAGAGCAAAACAUUUGUAAUAUAUGAACUGUUUUUCAUAUAAUUUUUAAUUACUAGGGGCUUGUAAUGAAUUAAAACAUAGUGUUCCUGUGAAGUAUAGGCGCGGGAGGAUUUUGACACAUGUGGCAAAGAGGUAUAAGGUUCGAUACAGCGUGGCAUAAGCCUGGCUAGUUCGUGUUUGGUUCUUUGUGCGUCAAAAUGACACGGGUUGGCAUGUGACGGGGGCGCAGCGGGCGGCAUGCGGGCCGAGCGCUGUCGGCGGGCGACGCUCGCCGCGCUCACAGCGCUGCUGGCACUCGCGCCCUCCCUGGCGGAGCAGGAUGUCACUACUGCCGCUGCCUUCGAUCCUUCGAAGCGGGGUAAGAUGAUGUACGGGGACACGUGUUCCACUGUGAUGGAGUGUGGCUACCCGGACUCUGUGUGUGACGAGGUGCAUAAGAUCUGCCGGUGUCAUCCCGACGUGCCAGUAACCAACCAUGUGGAUAAGUGUGGCAAACCUGCGGGAAUUAACGAGACCUGUUCAUUCAAUGAACAAUGCGAAGAUGUUGUUUUCAAAACGGAAUGUCGAAACGAGCGUUGCGUCUGUAAGUACGAGUUGGUCGCAGAAGUGUCCGUGGACGGCGGGAUCGUUUGCAAUCCUGAAAAGGAAGUGGAAAUCUCGACCAAAACCUUGGACCCGGCAAUGAUUGGCGUUUUGGUUGGCAUGGCUCUGAUGUUUGUCAUCAUCUGUGUGGUAUUACGUUUGUUUAGCAGAGCACGAUGGAGGGAAAACAGAACCAUCUUCAAUACACCCAACCCUCGCUUGAUGAAUGUUUCUCUACUUCGAGAUUCCAAACUUUUGCACUCUCAGGAUCGUCGUGGAUCUCGAGUAAGCGUUCGACCUCCUUCACGGCAAGCUAGUCAACAAGAACUCCGACCACACUCGCCAAGUCCAGCACGCCCUCACCAAAGCCAUCAGCUACACCGAAAACACUCAGGUUCUCGGCGAGGGUCGAGGGCCAGCAGCGGUCACUCUGGUACUUCUUUGAGAUCAGCUACGCUUCGUUCGCCGAACGCGCCCGGACCGACGUCGGUCACUGUUGAAAUACGCCCCCCGGACGCGUAAACACAACUUAUAUAACAACGUGACGUUUAAUAACAACACUUAGUACAAACUGCUAAUCGCAAUAAUAAAAGUGAUGUCGUACACAAAAUUUAAAAAUAUAUUAUGUCCAUGAUAUUCAAUGUUUGUGAUAAAAUUUAUCAGAUGCUUAAAUUUAUAUAAAGCUAUUUAAACGUGUCUUUAAAAUUAAGAUUUGCAUUCGUAGCAAUAAUAUCUGCACUGAUAUAACUCGAUAAAUCAGCUCUUAAAGUGCCUCUAAAGAAAAGCUUAAAGUCUCUGAUAAAUAUUGAUAAUACAAAAUAAGAUUUAACACACAAUAUUAGAAAUAAAGUAUUUAAUAAAUUAUAAUUAACACGUUUACAGUUCAAAUAUCACUUUAUAAGUAUGCGUAGAGCACCAACAUAUUAUCGAACGGUAUUAUAGAUAUUUAGAUUAAAGUUUUUAGCUUUUUUAGCGUUAUAGUUAUCGCUUUUUAGCAUUUUACGUAGUUAAAUAUAAUUAUAGUUUGAAUAAAGUCUAUUAUUAGUUAUUAGGAUUAAAUAUAUAAGUACAAGAAAUAUUAAUCUUUGAAUCUCUCAUAAGUGUACGCUAGAUUUUGUGACAUGCCUUAGAGUUCUAUAUUUAGCCCACAGUUCUACUCGUGGAUACGUAGAUCUUUACUAUUUUAUGGGGACCACCUCCUUUCAGGAGUGAUCUGAAUUUUACUUUUUGUGGAAUGAAUUCGAUCGAAAUAGAGAAAGCUGCUAUCCGCUUUCAAACUUAGAAUAAUAAUAGAUGAUAAUUUAAAUUAGAAUGCUGUUUGAAAUAGUGUGAGAGAGUUGUGAUCGAUCGUAAGGGUUUCGUCUUUUCUUCAAUCUAUCUACUUUUAAUGUAAUGUGUAAAAUUGGGGAAAUUUACACAUCGUAAGAUAAGGCUUUGUUGCACAUUGGGAGCUUAGAAAAAUUCGCAGACGCACAAGCGACUUUGAAACAAAUUAGAUAUUUAUUGUAAUGGAUAUUUUUAAUGAACUUGAACUGAUAAAUGUGGAAGAUCAUAAUAAUGAAGAUCAUUUCAUCGCGUACGGCCGAUACGUCAAUAAGGGGAAGAAUUGAUAUAUCGUCCGUACAUAUAAAUCAUAAAUUCAUUUUGGUAAAAUAAUAAGCUAGUUGUACCUUUAUAAUAUGCUCACAAUAAAAUUAUAUACUUCGAACACUGUGCUAGUUAUAUAUCUACGAAAAUGCUAUGAUUUACUUAUAUAAACUUUUAUUAUACUUCUGAAA